AUGUCAGUAGCUGAAAAGCCACUCAUCACAUUUGAGGAAGUCCUGGCUUUAAUCCAUGCCUUGGUGACAAAAUCUGGGAGCAUUUGCUCUGAGCUGCCCCAGGAGAAACUUACACCUGUAGAAUCAAAAUCAAGAUCAAGAUGUAUUAGACUUUGUCUAAUAUAUCUUGGUCACCCUUUCCUUGGUUCUCCUCACUCACGCCCAUUCAACGCCCAAGGAAACUUCCACAUUAUUUCCCAGAACAUGAACUCUUGUAAAAAACUUGUAACCUUAAAGCUCUGCACCAGUAUGUGCCAAGAAAAUUUGUGUCCGACAAGAAAGAGAUCAUUAGCCAUACCUGCUGUUCUGAAGGUGCUACAGAAAGAGAGCCUCACUCCACAUCUGCUUGUCAGCCCACAGGUAGAGGGAGAGUUUGCUCAUUUGUUCUCCAAUCAAACAUUGCCAAAUUGUGUUGUGCUUGGUGAUGCUGGUAAUGCCUUCAGUUUUGAAGCCCUUAACAAAGCUUUUAGGGCCAUCAAGACAAUGCCAAGUCCUAGACUUUUUGCCUUGGGAUGUGGAAAGUACUACCGACAUAAGGGAGAGCUACACCUGGAUGUGGGGCCCUUCAUGAGUGCCCUGGAGUAUGCCACAGGGGUGCAGGCAGAGGUUAUUGGCAAGCCAGCUAAGGAGUUCUUCAAGGCAGCCCUGUCAGAUUUGGAGGUCAAUGCUGAAGAGGUGAGCUGGUGUUGGUGA